AUGCAGACACCCCCAGUCUGUGGUUUGGGGUUCACCCUGAGUGACCACACAAACAACGGGCAGCUGGGACGGGCCGCCUCAGGCCAUGACCAGCUCAGGCUGGAGAGGGAGGACGACAAGCACAGGCCCACCCCUGCCCUCCCAUUGCCUGGUCACCAAGAGGCUGGGAAGUACACCCGGCCCGGUGCUGCCCAAGGGAGGAAGGCUCUCUUAGGUGCUGAGCAGAGGCCCCAGGGGCGGGUAGCACCUGCGCCAAGGGUGGAGGGCUGUGACCCCCUGGUGCAGACGCAGCGUGGCCGGCUGCAGAGCCGCAGGGCCCGGAUCCACCAGCAGAUCAACAAGGAACUGCAGAUGCGGACAGGUGCAGAGAACCUCUACAGAGCCACCAGCAACAACCGGGUCAGAGAGACGGUUGCCCUGGAGCUGAGCUACGUCAACUCCAACCUGCAGCUGCUGAAGGAAGAGCUGGAGGAGCUCGGCAGCAGUGUGGAUGCCUCCCAGCAGGACAGUGACGCUGUCGCUGUCCCUAUGGUGCCCCUGGGUCUGAAGGAGACCAAGGAGCUGGACUGGUCCACGCCCCUGAAGGAGCUGAUCUCGGGACACUUUGGAGAGGACGGAGCAUCCUACGAGGCAGAGAUCAGGGAGCUGGAGGGUCUGCGGCAGGCCAUGCGGACCCCCAGCCGGGAUGAGGCAGGCCUGCAGCUGCUUACAGCCUACUACAACCAGCUCUGCUUCCUGGACUCCCGCUUCUCUGCCCCCACCAGGAGCCUGGGGCUGUUCUUCCACUGGUACGACUCGCUCACAGGCGUCCCGGCCCAGCAGCGGGUCCUGGCCUUUGAGAAAGGCAGCGUGCUCUUCAACAUCGGCGCCCUCCACACUCAGAUCGGGGCGUGCCAGGACCGCUCCUGUGCAGAGGGCACCCGCCGCGCCGCAGAGGCCUUCCAGAGGGCCGCCGGGGCCUUCAGCCUGCUCAGGGAGAACUUCUCCCAGGCGCCGAGCCCGGACAUGAGCGCGGCCUCUCUCUCUGCGCUGGAGCAGCUCAUGAUCGCCCAGGCGCAGGAGUGUAUCUUCGAAGGCCUCUCGCUGCCGGCGCCCGUGGCCCCCCACGACUGCCAGGCUCAGCUGCGCCUGGCUCAGGAGGCCGCCCAGGUGGCAGCCGAGUAUAGGCUCGUGCACCAGACCAUGGCCCAGCCGCCUGUGCGCAACUACCUGCCAGUCUCCUGGACUGCCCUGGUGCAAGUUAAGGCCGAGUACUUCCACGCCCUGGCCCACUACCACGUGGCCAUGGCCCUCUGCAACAGCUCCUUGGUGGCCGAGGGAGAGCUCCCCACGCAUGAGCAGGUCUUCCUCCAGCCUCUGACCCCCGCCAAGGCCCGAUGCCCUGCGCUGCCGCAGGAGCUGGAAGAGCGCAGGAGGCUCGGCAAGGCCCACCUGAGGCGCGCCAUCCUGGGGCAGGAGGAGGCGCUGCGGCUGCACGUGGGGUGCCGCGUCCCGCGCACGGUGGACCUGCUGCGGGCUGUGCUGGCCCAGGCGCUGCAGUGCUCACUGGCCAAGUACUCGGAGCUCGACCAGGAGGACGACUUCGUCGAGGCUGCCGAGGCCCUCGACAUCCAGCCGAAGACCCACCAGAAGCCAGAGGUCAGCACGCCCAGCCUGCUCCCGGUGAAGGUGACCGACAUCUUCCACCGGCUGGGGCCCCUGUCCGUGUUCUCAGCCAAGAACCGGUGGCGGUCGACAGGGCCCAUCCAUGUGACCCGAGGAGAGGGUGGCUUCGGCUUCACGCUUCGGGGAGACUCACCCGUCCUCAUUGCUGCUGUCAAUCCAGGGGGCCGGGCUGCGGCGGCUGGCCUGAAGGAGGGUGACUACAUCGUGUCUGUGAACGGGCAGCCAUGCAAGUGGUGGAAGCACGCGGAGGUGGUGGCACAGCUGAAGGGUGUGGGCGAGGCGGGCGUGAGCCUGCAGGUGGUGCAGCUGCUGCCUGGCACCCAGCCGCCCGGCACGGGGGACCGCCGGCCAGCCCUACUGGGCCCCGGGGGGCUUCUGAAGAGCCAAAAGGACUGCGGUUGUGAGACGCUAGCACCUGCAAGGGCCAGCCCCUGGCCCCUUCUUGGAUGGAGCCGCAAGGCCAAGCAGGGCAAGACUGGAGGCUGUCCCCAGCCCUGCGCUCCCCGGGGGAUGGCUGCGCCUGCACCUGAGCAGAGCUGCCCUCUGAGCACCCAGGGCGGCCGUGAGGAAUGGGCUCCCUGCACACCUCUGGGAGUGCCUUGCACAUGCCCUCCUACCCUGGAGGACCUUCAGGCAGUGUCUGCCCCGCCCAGUGCCCAGAGCUAGAGGGUCCCUGCCUGCCCUUUAAAGACACUGAUCAGAUGAGGCAGGUCUGAGCCCAGUGCUGGGGGCCAUGGCCACUUCACCCACAUGCCGGAAGCAUUCAGUCCCCUCUGGACAGAGUCCUCACGCCCACUCACUGGGGCUGCUCCACCCCAUGGCAGCAGCGGGUGGGUUCAGGGGGUCUGGCAGAUUCUCUCCCUCUGGAGCCUGAAAGAGCUGUCCUGGGAGCUGGGGGCUCCCCCUGCAGGAGGCUCCCUCAGCCAGGCUCUCCACCACUCCCCCGCCCCCCCAUCCAUGCGCUGACCACACCCUCUCUCAGGGCCCCGCCCACCAGCUGCCGCCCUAGGCACAGACCCUCAGGCUCAGGCCAGCCCUGCCCCAGCCAAGCUUCUGCCCCUCCCCGCAUCCCAAC